AUGGUUAGGAGGGGAGUGGGCACAAUUGAGACUGUUAAUGCUUUGGUCAAUGAUAAUUACGCGUUGAUACGCAACGUUGCGAAAUAUAUGCUAAAUGACAAGGGCCUAACCAAUGCGGAGUUCCUCAGGGCAAGCUAUAGACGGUUCAUCAGGCUUCGACCAUUUGUAUCCAAUAGAAGUAUGGUGAAGGACACAUAUACUGACUAUAUCAGGUAUAAGUAUCGAUAUGAAGAUUAUCCUAAGCGAAUGGCUAUGAUAGGUGUGCAAUGUGAUAAUCAAUUGAAUCGAAGCCAGGUUAAGAACAGUCUAUCUUUUGUAGCAAAAGCUUGCUCGUUUAUAGAUGAGUCUAAGGGGACUAAAUUUGAAGUGGCGAGAGAUAAUACGAUGUGCCGCCAGAUUCUCAAGAAUUUGUUGACUAUUCACUACGAGAAAACUUCGCAUACCAACGAGAAACGAACCCCACUGAGGCAUAUAUUCCAAUAUUCAUUUGAACAUAUGAAGGACAUAAACAAAAGUACAAAUUCUCAAUCUUAUAGCAAGCCAGCUAGUCCCAAAUCAUCACUUAUACUUGAUUUGUACGGUGAAUUUGACAGAGACAUAUUACUAUUGAACAACCUUCUUAACAUGCGUUUAUAA